UGAUGUUUCUUCAAAAUUAUUCAACAUGGCGGGCGAUGGUGCAGCAAAGCCUAUGGCAGUAGUUCCUGUGAUUGUUGUCACAGGAAUAUGGGUUAUUGUAGGUGGAGUUAUUCCUUGGUUUGUCAGAGGACCGAACAAGAGACUCAUACAAACCAUGCUUGUGUUGACUGCUGUAUGCUGUUGGUUAUUCUGGGUUUGUGCUUAUUUCUGUCAACUUAAUCCUCUCAUUGGACCAGAAAUAGAAUUAAGUGUAUUAAAGGCAAUGAUCAAAGAAUGGGGUGGCAGAGAUGUAUACUAACAAAUUUUAAAAUAAGGUAAAACUGAUAUGUACUGACAGUGCAUUGUUGUGAUAUAUUCAACUAACAAGUCGUGAGGAAUGGAUCAUUCAGUACCAUUUUUUUGAUUAUUGAAAUAAUUAUCUUAAUUCAUUUUGAUCAGAGCAGCAAGAAAAUGGCACUGACUGAAGGCCUGGAUAUGAAUCAAUAGAAAUUCCCAUUCAUUGCAGAAUUAUUAGCUCUGUUCUUGUUACAAGCUAUUCAACAAAUUGUUACAAAGGUUCAGUUAGGAGGGACUUCCUGUCAAGAGGCUCAAAUGUAACUGUACAUAGACCAGUACAUAUACAUGUAUCCCUCACAAGAUUUUAGAGUGUUCCCAGAUUAUAUUGCAAAACAAUUCACAACUAGCAAAGUUAAUGAAAUUCAAAAUGGAUUUGCUCAGUUGUUACUAUGGUGUACUGCUCCCUGAAGUUGUCAGAACUGUAAAUUAUGUAAACCUACCUGAGAGAUAAAUAAAUGACAAUUUGAUUUAUUUCAUUGCAAUCCUUGUUGUUAAUGCUACAACACCACACCUUCAUCAAGUAUUUGUUACUCAACUCUUUCGUUUGAUUGGUUAGGGACAACAGUCAGUCUGUAUUUCUGAUGUGUAAUAAUGUAUAAUUAGUACAAUUAAAAAUGUAGCAGAAAGCCAGACUAAAGCACUGUCUGCUAUGAUUAGGUGCCCACAUUAAGUGAGUGACUACAGAGGGCUAAACUGUGCACCUUUAAAGCCAUAUUUCAAAGAAAGCUGUAAGCAAAACCUCACUCAGGUUAAGUAAUAUUAUAAGCAACUAUAGGUGGAGGUUUUUGUUAUUUAGCUUAGACUACUUGUGGGUUCAUGCUAUGAGUUUUAUUCAUGAAGUUUAGCAAAUUUUCUUCAAAUACAAGGGUUGUGGAAUGAAUGACAGCCUUGUCAUACUACAGUUAAGUUAUGAUCAAAAUUUGAUUAGAGCAAGCUGAAACUGGGAAAACUUAAGGUAACACAUUGAAAAUAAAAAUUAUGCUUUAUAUUCAA